AUGCAGGUGAUGCGGGAGAUGCGGGAGAUGCGGGAGAUGCGGGAGAUGCGGGAGAUGCGGGUGAUGCGGGAGAUGCAGGUGAUGCGGGAGAUGCAGGUGAUGCGGGAGAUGCAGGUGAUGCGGGAGAUGCAGGUGAUGCGGGAGAUGCAGGUGAUGCGGGAGAUGCAGGUGAUGCGGGAGAUGCAGGUGAUGCGGGAGAUGCAGGUGAUGCGGGAGAUGCAGGUGAUGCGGGAGAUGCAGGUGAUGCGGGAGAUGCAGGUGAUGCGGGAGAUGCAGGUGAUGCGGGAGAUGCAGGUGAUGCGGGAGAUGCAGGUGAUGCGGGAGAUGCAGGUGAUGCGGGAGAUGCAGGUGAUGCGGGAGAUGCAGGUGAUGCGGGAGAUGCAGGUGAUGCGGGAGAUGCAGGUGAUGCGGGAGAUGCAGGUGAUGCGGGAGAUGCAGGUGAUGCGGGAGAUGCAGGUGAUGCGGGAGAUGCAGGUGAUGCGGGAGAUGCAGGUGAUGCGGGAGAUGCAGGUGAUGCGGGAGAUGCAGGUGAUGCGGGAGAUGCAGGUGAUGCGGGAGAUGCAGGUGAUGCGGGAGAUGCAGGUGAUGCGGGAGAUGCAGGUGAUGCGGGAGAUGCAGGUGAUGCGGGAGAUGCAGGUGAUGCGGGAGAUGCAGGUGAUGCGGGAGAUGCAGGUGAUGCGGGAGAUGCAGGUGAUGCGGGAGAUGCAGGUGAUGCGGGAGAUGCAGGUGAUGCGGGAGAUGCAGGUGAUGCGGGAGAUGCAGGUGAUGCGGGAGAUGCAGGUGAUGCGGGAGAUGCGGGUGAUGCGGGAGAUGCAGGUGAUGCGGGAGAUGCAGGUGAUGCGGGAGAUGCAGGUGAUGCGGGAGAUGCAGGUGAUGCGGGAGAUGCAGGUGAUGCGGGAGAUGCAGGUGAUGCGGGAGAUGCAGGUGAUGCGGGAGAUGCAGGUGAUGCGGGAGAUGCAGGUGAUGCGGGAGAUGCAGGUGAUGCGGGAGAUGCAGGUGAUGCGGGAGAUGCAGGUGAUGCGGGAGAUGCAGGUGAUGCGGGAGAUGCAGGUGAUGCGGGAGAUGCGGGUGAUGCGGGAGAUGCAGGUGAUGCGGGAGAUGCAGGUGAUGCGGGAGAUGCAGGUGAUGCGGGAGAUGCAGGUGAUGCGGGAGAUGCAGGUGAUGCGGGAGAUGCAGGUGAUGCGGGAGAUGCAGGUGAUGCGGGAGAUGCAGGUGAUGCGGGAGAUGCAGGUGAUGCGGGAGAUGCAGGUGAUGCGGGAGAUGCAGGUGAUGCGGGAGAUGCAGGUGAUGCGGGAGAUGCAAAUGAUGCGGGAGAUUGCGGAGCUUCCCCAGCAUUGGCGGGAGGAGUGCUUGAAGCCCCCCCAGCAAUCUGAGCUGCAACUCGUGGUAUCGGCAGGCUUCAUCAAUGCAAGAAUUGGGUGGUUCCCCUCCUGUCCCUCCCUUUGCUACUCACUCCCCUAA